AUGCCAACCGCUGUUAAACCUCACCGAAGAAGAAGUGAGGUAUUGCUUAAAAGCUGUCAAGGGGGAAAGAGGCGAAAAGACGUCAACAAAACGAUAUAGCCACUUCACUCUGUUGAUCUUGGACAAGAAUAGAGGAAUGGGCUGUGGUCCCAUUAUAGUUGGAUCUACCCCUACUAGUCCUGAGACCACACAAGAAGCCCAGCCCAAGGCCAGGCCCGAAACAUGAGAUCUUUAACCGCUAAGUAAAGAAUGAGGCCUCAGCAACCCCACCCCAGAAACACCAUCACCACUACUACUAACAUAGUCUGUCACACACCUAUUACAACUUAACCCUCAACACAUUCCCCCUGCCCCAGGACCAGCUCUUGUAUCCCCUUCCCUUCCUCACCUAACCCCCUACCACCCCCAACCCAAUACACCCCACAGAGCAGUUUAGCCCACCUCAAGACUUGAGUCACCAGCCAAUCAGCUCCUAGUAGGCCUUGUGCGCCUCCAUCGGCGGCCCUCCCCGGCGGUGUGUUGGUGUGCGAUGGCGCGGCGGGACGCUGAAGGCUGCCGCCGGGGAUUGUGAUGUCAGAGCCCGCCAGCCCGGGCGAGAGCCAGCGCGGCGCUCCCAGAUUCUUCGUGGGCUGCGAGGACGAUGAGAGCGAGGGCCUGGAGGACUACGACGGCUGCAGCAUGAGGACCGACAUGGAGCUGUACGAGGACGACGAGGACACAGACUCGCCCCCCGAGCGACAGAUCGUGGUGGGGAUCUGUUCCAUGAUGAAGAAGUCCAAGUCAAAGCCCAUGACCCAGAUCCUGGAGCGUCUGUGCAGGUUUGAGUACAUCACUGUGGUCAUCUUCCCUGAGGACGUCAUUCUCAACGAGCCCGUGGACAAAUGGCCCCUGUGUGACUGCCUCGUCUCCUUCCACUCCAAAGGAUUCCCGCUGGACAAGGCAGUGAGCUACGCCAAUCUCCGAAACCCACUGCUCAUCAAUGACCUGAACACACAGUACUACAUACAGGACAGGAGGGAAGUGUAUCGUAUCCUGCAGCAGGAAGGCAUCGAUCUGCCACGCUACGCUGUGCUGAACCGCGACCCAGAUAAACCAGACGAGUGUAACCUGGUCGAGGGAGAAGACCAUGUGGAGGUGAAUGGGGAGGUGUUCCCUAAACCCUUUGUGGAGAAACCCGUCUGUGCUGAAGACCACAACGUCUACAUCUACUACCCCACCUCAGCGGGAGGGGGAAGCCAGCGCCUCUUCAGAAAGAUCGGGAGCCGGAGCAGUGUGUACUCACCAGAGAGCAACGUGAGGAAGACUGGCUCCUACAUCUACGAAGAGUUCAUGCCAACGGACGGGACAGACGUUAAGGUGUAUACGGUGGGGCCUGACUAUGCCCACGCUGAGGCCAGGAAGUCUCCUGCCCUGGAUGGGAAGGUGGAGAGAGACAGCGAGGGGAAGGAGAUCCGCUACCCCGUCAUGCUCACCGCCAUGGAGAAACUAGUGGCCCGCAAGGUCUGCCUGGCGUUCAAGCAAACAGUGUGUGGCUUUGACCUUCUCCGAGCCAACGGUCACUCCUACGUCUGCGACGUCAACGGCUUCAGCUUCGUCAAGAACUCCAUGAAGUACUACGAUGACUGUGCCAAGAUCCUGGGUAAUAUAGUGAUGAGGGAGUUAGCUCCUCAGUUCCACAUCCCCUGGUCCAUCCCUACUGAGGCUGAGGACAUCCCCAUCGUCCCAACCACAUCUGGCACCAUGAUGGAGUUACGCUGUGUCAUCGCAAUAAUCCGCCACGGAGACCGAACUCCUAAGCAAAAGAUGAAGAUGGAAGUGCGGAAUCCCAUGUUUUUUGAAUUGUUUGACAAAUACGGGGGUUACAAGACGGGGAAAUUGAAGCUGAAGAAGCCAAAACAACUGCAGGAGGUACUGGACAUAGCUCGGCAACUGUUGCUAGAACUGGGUGAUGGAAGAGAAGACUGCGAGAUCGAAGAGAAGAAAUCCAAACUGGAACAGCUGAAGACUGUUCUGGAGAUGUAUGGCCACUUUUCUGGGAUCAACAGAAAAGUGCAGAUCACCUACCUGCCCCACGGGCAGCCCAAAACAUCCAGCGAGGAGGAAGACACACGUAAGGAGUGCCCUUCUCUGCUGCUGGUGUUGAAGUGGGGAGGGGAGCUGACCCCAGCAGGCAGGGUACAGGCUGAAGAGCUGGGCAGGGCCUUCCGCUGCAUGUACCCUGGAGGACAAGGAGACUAUGCUGGGUUCCCUGGCUGCGGGUUGCUACGGUUACACAGCACGUACCGACACGACCUCAAGAUCUAUGCAUCUGACGAGGGCAGAGUGCAGAUGACUGCCGCAGCUUUCGCCAAGGGUCUGCUGGCGUUAGAGGGAGAGUUGACGCCCAUCCUUGUGCAGAUGGUGAAGAGUGCCAACAUGAACGGCCUGCUGGACAACGACAGCGACUCGCUUAGCGGCUGCCAGCACCGCGUCAAGGCCCGUCUCCACGAGAUCAUGCAGAAAGACCAGGAGUUCACAGAGGACGACUACGAUAGGCUGGCCCCUACAGGUGCAUCCUCUGUGGUUAACUCUAUGAGAAUUGUGGAGAACCCUGUGAUGACAUGUGACCAGGUCUACACACUCAUCCAGAGUCUCACCUCCCAGAUACGCAAGAGACUAGAGGACCCCAAAUCUGCAGACCUGCAGCUGUACCACAGUGAGACUCUGGAGCUGAUGCUGCAGCGCUGGUCCAAGCUGGAGCGGGACUUCCGGAUGAAGAGCGGCCGCUACGACAUCAGCAAGAUCCCAGAUAUCUACGACUGCGUGAAGUACGACGUGCAGCACAACGCCACGCUGGGCCUGGAGGACACACUGGAGCUGUUCAGGCUGUCCCGAGCCCUCGCCGACAUCAUCAUACCACAGGAAUACGGCAUUAACAAAGUGGAGAAGCUGGACAUAGCGUACGCCUACUGCCUACCUCUGGUCAAGAAGAUCCAGCUGGACCUCCAGAGGACCCACGAGGAUGAGUCAGUCAACAAACUCCAUCCACUGUACUCUCGAGGAGUGAUGUCACCAGGUCGCCACGUGCGGACACGUCUGUACUUCACCAGCGAGAGUCACGUCCAUUCUCUACUCAGCACCUUCCGCUACGGAGGCCUGCUCGACGAGGAGAAGGAUCAGCAGUGGAAGCGGGCGAUGGACUACCUUGGUGCCGUUUCUGAACUCAACUACAUGACCCAGAUAGUUAUCAUGCUGUAUGAGGACAACAACAAGGACCCGUCGUCAGAGGAGCGUUUCCAUGUGGAGCUUCACUUCAGCCCUGGGGUCAAAGGUUGCGAGGAGGAGGAGAAAGCGCCAAUGGGCUUCGGCUUCCGUCCCGCUUCCGCAGAGAAUGAUCAGAAACAGACAGACCCUGGCAGCUUGGAGGAUCUAUCACGUGACGAGCCCGACCGGGCCCUACCACUCUCUGAGCCAAUGGGCAUCCACCGGAGAUCCCCUCUGAUUCGCAACCGCAAGACUGGGUCUAUGGAGGUCCUGUCGGAGACGUCUUCAUCCAAAGCAGGCAGCUACCGUCUCUUCCCCUCCUGCUCUCGCCAGUCCCCUGAGAUGAAGCAGAGUGGUCUAGGAUCUCAGUGUGCGGGACUCUUCAGCACCACUGUCCUGGGAGGCUCCUCUAGCGCCCCCAACCUGCAGGACUACGCACGCACACACCGGAAAAAGUUCUCCUCAAGCAGCCUGUCCUAUAAAGACGAGUUGUUGUCUAUGCCGGCAGUAAAGAGAUUUUCUGUGUCGUUUGCAAAGCAUCCGACUAAUGAGCCCUUGGAGGAGCACCACGUGACCCAGCUGUUGAGGCGCUUCUCCACUGAUGCCAGCCUGUGCCGCCCUCUCUCUCUGGACGGGGCGCUGGCCCACCACCUCAACCAGUGCUCCUACCACCUCCGCCUCUUCCGUAACUGGCUCAUCUCUGGCCAAGACCCCCUAGAGUACUUCUACGGCUUUGAAGGCUGCUCCAUGGUGCCCUCCAUCUACCCACUGGAGACGUUGCACAACUCGCUGUCCCUCAAGCAGGUGGAUGAGUUCAUCACUGCCGUGUGUGAGACUGGUGGAGAUGCCCACUCCAGGACCACAAGAGCUCUGUCGGCCAUGUUUGACUCUCAGAACCAGCCGUCGGUGGACUCCUACAUGCCUCAGAGAGUCCUCUCCUCCUCCGUAUCCCCCCGACAGCGCUCUGACAGACCUCCCUGGUACAGCAGCGGUCCGUCCAGUACAGUGUCCAGCGCUGGCCCCUCCUCCCCCACCACGGCAGACUCCUCCGCCCAUUUUAGCUUCAGCGACAAGACGUCCUUCACCCCCGAGAACAGCGAGGAGAUCCACUCCUGCCAUCACAACACAGUUCAGCAGGCCCCUACUGCUGGCCCCCAAACCUCCAAAUUCUCCAAUCCCACCACCCCCUGCCAGACACCCCCAGAAGACAAUCCUGAGGCACCAGCCACCCCCAGCCACCUGCCCCUGAGUGGAAACUCUGAAUCAAGGCAGGAGGAGCCAGGCGAGUCCCCUGCUUCAACUGAGGCCACUUGCGGUGAAGUUCCAGACCUCAGCCCAUUGAGCCCGUCAUCUUCCCCACUGGCAGACCUCUCUCUGGGCCUUUUGGAUGGAUACCUCCCCGGUUCUCUCCCGGUGCUCCUGGAGCUCAGAGAGAGCGGCAGUGAGGCAGGAUCCAGCGCACAGACGCCCCAGUCCCCAGAGGGGCCUGACGAGUUCUUUGACACCCAGGAGACGACGGAGAUGUGGAGGGGCAGCACGGGGAGCCUCCCCCAUCCUGGGACGCCACUGGAGGUGGGAGCCCCUCACGCGUCAGAGCCCUAGGUGGGGGCUCAGAGAACCAGAGAAGGAGCCUAGGUCUUCUAAGAGGCUAGAAGGAAGUAAGGUAGAACUUCUAGGGGGCUGGAAGGAGGCUUCCAGGAAGCCCUUCAAAAACUCUCCUCUGCCAGUUCCAUGUGGUGAACCCCCAGUGGAGCAUUCUAGUGACCUAGUCUUAGACCAAGGCCCUGUGGCUUGUAACUUGUGUCUGGUGAAUAGUGGAUCGGGCUGCUGCUUCUUAGUGCUUCUCUACCCUGGUCGUGUUCAUGAGACACAGAAACGGAGAAAAAGGGAGAGGACUUCCUGGACUUGGUUAAGAUACGUGCAUUUUCCGUUACAAAACGUUUUAAAAUGUUUUCCGUGGCAUGCCAUAAUGAACACGACCCCAGUCUCUAUCCCACAGCUGUCUGUGAACCAGCCAUUGUAGGAUAACUCCGUGUGACCAUAGAACUACCACCGAGUACAGUACAACAUCCUUAUCAUGACUGUCAUGUAUGGAUGUUUUUGUCCCUGUGUCCGAUAGAAAGCCACUUGUUCUGAAGUGAACCUUUUGAUGUUGCUGGUGUAAACAGUCUAUAAUGGGUGACAUCUUCUAUCCACUGAACAGCCCUCAGUGUGCACCAUCUUCUAUCCACUGAACAGCCCUCAGUGUGCACCAUCUUCUAUCCACUGAACAGCCCUGUGUGCACCAUCUUCUAUCCACUGAACAGCCCUCAGUGUGCACCAUUGUGGAGGUCUCGCCAAAAUAACUGAAACAACAUUUCAAUUUGACAGGUGGGCUCGCAUAUUGCAUCAUGUACAUCGCUACAUACAUACCGUUUACUAUAGCUAGAAUUGCAGCAUGUCCACCAACUCAUGGACAUUGUAAAAGGAGAUGGUUUGAGAGACAUCUCAUUUCAAGUAUUGUGAGUAAUACGUUUAUUUUUCCUGCUGGGAAAUGUAUAUGUCAAAAUGUCAUCAAGUCGUUUUGAAAUGCAUUUUCAGUUGGCAACUUUAUUGCAGUAUAUUGAAAUCAUGGUCUUGUCACACAUUGAAAUGAUAAAUACACCACAUGUCUGGUCUGUGACAUUUCAUCAAACAGAAGAUGUCACCCUGUGCCUCUCCCCAGUUCUCCUAUUCUAGGCUCUCCUCUCCCUGUGAUGGUCUGUAACACCGUUAAGGUCUGUUCACUUGAUAUGCGCCACAACUGUAUUGCAUCGAGCCAACAAUAGCCACGGUAGGCUCUUUCUUGUUACUCUGAUCUUGCGCUGCACCCGACCAAGCAGCGCUCUGCACCUUGUGCCAAUCAAGUGAACAGGCCUUAGAAACUCCUGACUAGCAGCUGAGGUCUUUUCUUAGGGGUAAAGAAGAUCUCCACUACAUGUGUGGUGAGAUGUAUUAUUUCCGUUUCCUCUUUUGAGAUUCAAUACACUCAAAUCUGAGCCUGGUCCCCCACUGCACAGAUGUAGGAUCUUAAUCUGAGCCUGGUCCCCCACUGCACAGAUGUAGGAUCUUAAUCUGAGCCUGGUCCCCCACUGCACAGAUGUAGGAUCUUAAUCUGAGCCUGGUCCCCCACUGCACAGAUGUAGGAUCUUAAUCUGAGCCUGGUCCCCCACUGCACAGAUGUAGGAUCUUAAUCUGAGCCUGGUCCCCCACUGCACAGAUGUAGGAUCUUAAUCUGAGCCUGGUCCCCACUGCACAGAUGUAGGAUCUUAAUCUGAGCCUGGUCCCCCACUGCACAGAUGUAGGAUCUUAAUCUGAGCCUGGUCCCCCACUGCACAGAUGUAGGAUCUUAAUCUGAGCCUGGUCCCCCACUGCACAGAUGUAGGAUCUUAAUUUGAACCAGUUUGCUACAGCAGGAAAAUCAUCCUGCAGGAACUGGAAAUGUGGAUUAUUAUUAAUGGACAUUUUUGUAAGGAGUCAUUUGAUACAUUUUUAAUUGGAAAUCAAACUUCAGAAUCCCUUUUAAACAUCAAAUACACUACACAAUUUACAUUUCCUGCAAUGUAGGGGACAUUUCCUGCAAUGUAGGGGACAUUUCCUGCAAUGUAGGGGACAUUUCCUGCAAUGUAGGGGACAUUUCCUGCAAUGUAGGGGACAUUUCCUGCAAUGUAGGGGACAUUUCCUGCAAUGUAGGGGACAUUUCCUGCAAUGUAGGGGACAUUUCCUGCAAUGUAGGGGACAUUUCCUGCAAUGUAGGGGACAUUUCCUGCAAUGUAGGGGACAUUUCCUGCAAUGUAGGGGACAUUUCCUGCAAUGUAAAUUGUGUAGUGUAUUUGAUGUUUAAAGGAAAGUUCUCCUGCAACAUUGUGAUCAAAUGAAGAUCUUACAUCUAUGUGCUGUAGCUAGCUCUUCUAUUGUUGUCAAGCCAUACAUGUUGUCACGACAAUGAACGCAAACACACAGGAGUUGGCUAAAGCACAAACGGACUGGAGCACCAGGCUACUAUCCCUGUAGCCCCUAGUCACUUCCCCUAGUCACUUCCCCUAGUCACUUUCCCUAGCCCCUAGUCACUUUCCCUAGCCCCUAGUCACUUUCCCUAGCCCCUAGUCACUUCCCCUAGCCCCUAGUCACUUCCCCUAGCCCCUAGUCACUUCCCCUAGCCCCUAGUCACUUCCCCUAGCCCCUAGUCACUUUCCCUAGCCCCUAGUCACUUUCCCUAGC